UUAUUACAACCGAAUAUCAUGAGGGGGUGCUGACGAGGAUCCAAAGGAAUCCGAUCCAAUUUUGCUUCACCAAAUUUACGUCCAAACUUUCCAUUUCUCAGCUCCCCUCGAUUCUACUCUAUAAAUAGCAGUCCUCAGAACGAAACCCUAAAGCCCCAAUUUUUUUUAUUAUUUCUUCUCUCAUUUUCGUCGAAUUUUGGGUUGAGGAUCAUGAGGGACGAUGGAUCGAAGGUCGAGAUCUCGUUCGCUGGGAGGUUUGCGAGCAGCGCGAUCGCCGCUUGCUUCGCUGAGGUCUGCACCCUUCCCCUGGACACUGCCAAAGUCAGGCUUCAGCUGCAGAAGAAAGCAGUUGUCGAGGAUACACUGGCAUUACCUAAAUACAGAGGGCUGUUGGGAACUGUCGCUACUGUUGCUAGAGAGGAGGGUUUAGCCGCACUCUGGAAGGGCAUUGUUCCGGGAUUACAUCGUCAGUGUAUUAAUGGAGGGUUGAGAAUUGGAUUGUAUGACCCGGUUAAAAAUUUCUAUGUUGGCGAUAAUUUUGUUGGAGAUAUUCCUUUAACCAAGAAAAUACUUGCUGGGCUUACAACUGGCGCACUAGCAAUUGCCGUAGCAAAUCCAACUGAUCUAGUGAAAGUACGACUUCAAGCCGAAGGGAAGCUUGCUCCUGGUGUCCCGAGACGUUAUUCAGGAGCUCUAAGUGCUUAUUCUACAAUAGUCAAGCAGGAAGGAGUGGGUGCUCUAUGGACUGGGGUGGGUCCUAACAUUGCACGGAAUGCUAUAAUAAAUGCUGCAGAGUUGGCCAGCUAUGAUCAAGUGAAAGAGACCAUACUGAAAAUUCCGGGAUUUUCAGACAACGUUUUCACUCACCUUUUAUCUGGUCUUGGGGCUGGUUUUUUUGCUGUCUGCAUUGGCUCCCCUGUCGAUGUGGUUAAGUCAAGAAUGAUGGGAGAUUCUGCCUACAAAAGCACACUCGACUGUUUCGUCAAGACAAUGAAAAAUGAUGGACCAUUGGCUUUUUACAAGGGAUUCAUCCCAAACUUUGCUCGGUUGGGCUCAUGGAACGCGAUUAUGUUUUUGACCUUGGAGCAGGUUAAAAAAUUGUUUGCAAAAGAUGUGCAUGCAUAAAACAUGAGUAUGCAGUGAAGAAUUUAGCGUGCAGCAGAAUAAAAGUUUCCUCGUGGCGAUUUCAUUUGCCAGCAUGAUCUUGGCAGCUCCGACAGAGGGUAUCAUAGUAACUCUUGUGGUAAAACACCGCAACGUGUGUUACGACUUUCUGACAGAUUUGAGGGACCUUAAAUUUACCCCCAACAAAUUAUGGGGAAUACAAGUGAGAAUGGACGCUAUUGUUGUCCAAUCUUGCUUGCUACUGGUAACAUUUACAAAA